UGCUGCUCGUCUGGAAGUUUGUAACCUUCUGCCAGUAAAAGUAUUGUAGCCAAGACAAAAAAAAGAAAGAAUAAGUGGUUAGUCGAGCUUUGUCGACUAGUUAACUUUAUAACGGUAGUCGUAUAGUUCCGUUAUGGAGUUCGGUGAGGAGUCGUCGCCCGCUUUAGCUUUCGAGAAGGACGCGUUUGAGCUGACGGUUGAAGAUGUGUAUGACAUUUCCUACGUGAUCGGACGAGAUUUGUUGAAAAUUAGCAGCACGGGCGAGGAAGUGUCAGAUUUGCAGUUCAGGAUAGUUCGUGUUUUGGAAAUGUUCGAGACUUUGGUCAAUAAGUACAACUUGUCUCUGGAGGAGCUGAAAAUGGAGCGGGACAACUUGAAGAGUGAACUGGACAGGAUCAUCAAAGAGAGCUCCUCCGGGCAGGGCACUCAAACGGCAGGACCAAACCAGCUGGUGGUGGACCUGACAGACCCCAACAGACCGCGCUUCACCAUGCAGGAGCUGAAGGAGGUUCUGCAGGAGAGGAAUCAGCUGAAGGCUCAGCUCAUGGUCGCUCAGGAGGAGCUUCAGCUGUACAAGAGUGGGAUUCUGCCACAGGCUGAACCAGCCAUGGUUGAAGUAGACCUGGACACACCAGCAGCUACAGAGCAGGGUUCUGCUGCCAUAAAUGAUGCAAAAGAGGAGAAAACAACCAUAGGCAAACUGUUUUCAUUCAGGCGAAAAUGAAACAAACCAACUGACAAGAACCAACCAUGUAGAAGACAAACAGGAUUUGUUGGCACAAUUUUCUCUCAUCAGUUAACCACUUUUAUAUUGUCUAUUUUUUACAAUGUGUAUUUGUCAAUCUAACAAGCACUGUAUUUAAUACCAGUGAUUUUUACCUAAGAUGGUCUAUAGUGAUACAGAGUAGCAAAAAUAUAUAUCAUGUUGAAAGUUUGAUAAAGGUAUCAAAUGAACCGAACUGGAAAGUAUUAUGUAACUGGUAUUGAUGAUUACUCUGAGUGAAGUAACUCAAAAUUAAGUUAUUUAUAGACUUGGAAAUGUAAUUUUUUAUAAAUCUAAAUUAAGUCUUUUAAAGAGGCAUUGUGUUGUUCCAGUAAUCUAAAACAUUUUCCCCGCUUUCUUUCACCCCUCAAGAUGUAAAAAAACAAUAAAAUGGCUUUCAUGUAUUUAUA